UGAAAAACAAACAUGUCCGCCUUCCUGAGUAUUUCUAGUCCAGAUGCAGUCCUCAUCCUGAGCUCAGUCUGAGACAGAAGGACGAGGGACAGGCGGCGUAAUCUCCUGCUGAUCCGGUCGAGACCUUUUGUGUUCUUUCUUGAAAGUUCCUGAAAGCAUGCGUGCCGUGUUGGUGUUCGUGCUGCUCCAUUAUCUCCUCCUCUCAGUCAUGCCUGCUUCAGCAGCAGAGGAGGGAGAGUCAGCCGGCAGCCGGGGGGAAAGGGGGAGGAGGAGUCUCCCCUACUGGGGGAUGUGGUCCUCAGACUUCAUCGGCUGGCUGGAGGAGCUCCGGGCGCAGGGGGAUCACCAGGGGGUCCAGGACCUGGCUCACACCUUCUGGGCUCACUUCCCCAUCGCAACCCAGCUGGGGUACGACAGUCCAGAGUCUGACCUCGAGGAGUGAGAGGAGGGAGAUGUAAGGGUGUGAGGGCAGGCAGAGGUCACUUUCACAUGAGAGAGACAUUUAAAACUAAGAGA